CUUUCUUAAGUCUCCACUCGGGCGGAAGUUCAGCAGGGUGUUUGUAGACGAAUUCCACGACAUCAUGAACUGUCAUCCAGGCCGUGUUGUUCCAUGGAAAAAUCUCGCGCAGCAUUUUGGAAAGACGCUCAUCAGGAUCGUUCUUAUGACAGGGACGGGACCACCGCACCGUGUCGCAAAUUUCAUCAAACCAUUCGGCCUGCAUCCUGGCCUCGUCACCGAAGUACGAUCAGAUACAAACCGUCCAGAGAUCGGGAUGCAUGUCAUACGUAUUCAGCCUAUCGCAGCCAUGCAGUCUCUGGGACACCUCGUCUCCGCUUUAUGCAAACGACUUACUGAGGAGGAACGUAUUCUGGUGUUCUGCGGCUCCCAGGGCGACGCACAAGCAUUCGCAUUGAAGGCCAAAUGUGCAGUUUAUCAUAGCGAUCUAUGGGAGACUGGAAAUAGCAGAGAAUCUAACCUUUCUCGAUGGGAUUCAGGCGAAACAAAGGUGAUGGCAUGCACCACAGCAUUUGCCCAGGGUAUGGACAGGCCUCAUGUCCGAUAUGUGGUGAUUUUCAAGCCUUCGUACGGCCUUCUCGUCAACAACCAGAUGCUCGGUCGUGCGGGAAGAGAUGGAAAGGAGUCACACGUAUUUUUCCUUACGGAACGACGUGGGAAGACAUACAGAGGACCAUCGACUGACCAAUGUAUGGGAGAGCUGGACGAUCUAGUCCACGGUACGGAAUGUCGGCGCUUCACCAACAUGAUCUGCAUGGAUGGCCCCCACCUCGCUGUGCUGUGCACGGACGACCCUCCAGGUAUCCUGUGCGAUGUCUGUGAUCCAAACAGCGUGAUCCAGCGACUCUCCAUUGAGGCAAUAGCAAAUCCAUUCAGGCCACCCGAGGCAUCUGAGCAUGCAGUCACCCCAGUUGUUGCAACUGGAUUUGUGCCAGCGUCGUCGCUGCUUUCGAUGAAUAUGCUUUCCCACACGCUCACCCCACAGCCUUCCCAGUCGAGCGAUGCUUUGUACGACGCGGGUGCAUUAGAGCUCACUAAUAUUCUAAGCCAGGGAGGACGGGUCGUCCUCACCACCAAAACCCGCGGCGCGCGGCGCGCCACCUGA